AUGGAGAAAGAGGGAGGGCUACCCGAUGCUAGAGUUGUUAAUCAGCCCUUGCCUUCGGAGGAGGAGAUGGUAGAAGCUUCGCAGAGAAGUGCCCUGGUCGUUGCAGAUCCUAAGGAAACUAUUCAACCAGAAUCCUAUGAGGGACCCAUUAGGGUUGUUUUGGAGAAGGUGGGAGUGAAGAAGCUGCUGGAAAUGGCUGAAGGGAAGAAGAAAAGAAAAGGCAAGGAAAAGCGAGUAGACGGAGAUGAAAAGGCCCAGGCAAAGAAGGAUAAGAAAGAAAAGAAGUCGAGUGAGAAGAGAGGGCACAGGCGAGAAGAGAAGCGCCUGAAGAAGGAAGAAAAGAGAAAGAGGGCGAAAAGCCUGGAUGUCGACGGAGAAUCCACCACCGCAAGGGUGGAAAAGGGGGUGUCACCGCAAGAAAAAGAAUCAGCGCAACCUCAAGUGUAUCAAUGCAUAUCAGGACGGUUGCGACUGAUGACAGAGAAGAUCUGGACAUUACCCCUCUAA